AACGUGUCAUGAUUUCUUUAACCGUUUGACCGCCAUCGCAACAUCCCAAUUUUUUUACCCUUCCCUAAUCACUCACAAUCACUCCACAACUCUUCCCCUGUUUGCUGGAUCCACAUCUUCCCCCCUUCGCCAGAAAUUUUAUCUACCACUUCCCUCUUGAUUUUAUUACCUUUUCGGCAAAAUUUCCAAUUAAUUACACUUGUUUUUACCCUAAUCAAUCAAUUGCCUCCUCGGAUUAGUUUUUAUCCUUUUGAUUUCUCUUCAUGCUUAUCCCUUUUCCUAGACUGAUUUAGGCUUUACGAAUGUGAUUUGUUUUGUUUCUCUCUGUUUUCCAUCGUCCUCCUAAUUUUCACCGCGGUGAAAACCUACCCACGAACAGUCAUGGCUGAAUAAACAAUCGUCACACCACUUCACACUCAGAUCGGAGCCCAAAAAUCACCAUGAGAGGAGCGGUGCUCGUCGCCAUCGCCGCUACAGUAGGCAACUUCUUACAAGGAUGGGACAAUUCCACCAUUGCAGGGGCGGUGAUUUACAUAAAGAGGGAAUUCAAUCUCGAGUCCCAACCCACGAUGGAAGGCCUGAUCGUGGCCAUGUCGCUGAUGGGCGGGACGGCGAUCACGACGUUCUCCGGUCCGGUCGCCGACGUGUUCGGCCGGCGGCCGAUGCUGAUCCUCUCGUCGAUCUGUUACCUCGCCGGGAGCCUGGUGAUGCUGUGGUCGCCCAACGUCUACAUCCUGCUGCUCGCCAGGCUGCUCGACGGGUUCGGGAUCGGGCUCUCCGUCACGCUCGUCCCGCUCUACAUCUCCGAGACGGCGCCGUCGGAGAUCAGGGGCACGCUGAAUACUCUGCCGCAGUUCCUGGGAUCGGGUGGGAUGUUCAUGUCGUAUAUAAUGGUGUUCGUCAUGUCGCUCCAGGAUUCGCCCAAUUGGAGAGUGAUGCUUGGCGUUCUCGCGAUUCCUUCUCUGUCUUUUCUGGCGCUGACGGUGCUCUUCUUGCCGGAAUCGCCCCGGUGGCUCGUCAGCAAAGGGAGGUUGGACGAGGCCAAGCUCGUUCUGCAGAGGCUCCGCGGCAGGGACGAUGUUGCAGGGGAGAUGGCUCUGCUUCUGGAAGGACUGGGCGUGGGGAAAGACCCGUCCAUAGAAGAAUACAUAAUCGGGCCAGCCAACGACGGGCUUCACGGCGGCGAGCCGCCGGUGGACAAGAUGGGAGAAGUCCGAUUGUACGGCGCCGAGGAAGGCGUCUCGUGGGUGGCGAAGCCGGUGACCGGACAGAGCACUCUGGGAAUUGUGUCACGGCAGGGCAGCAUGGCGAACCAGAACAUACCCCUAAUGGACCCGCUCGUCACUCUGUUCGGAAGCGUCCACGAGAGCAACCUCCCCGGCGGCGGCGGCGGCGGGUCCAUGUUCGGAAGCAUGCGCGGGAGCAUGUUCUUCCCCAGCACCUCCAGCAUGCUCAACAUGAUCACCGGCCCCGGCAAUAAUCAGGUAGAUUAA